CCCAUAGACCAGGAGGACAUGCCCACUGCACACAACCCUUUUCCAAAUGAAUAUUCUACGUUGAAACACCCUUCUACCUCAACAGAUAUUGAGGAUGACAGUCCUCGGGCUGAGAGUGGCUCAACAGUAGUUUCAGAGCUCACAGCAGUGGAAACCAAUCCUUUUCAGUCUUCCUCAGAGGGGAAGGUGGAGCGGCCAUCAUUAUCAACCAUCUCCCAGACACCUUCCAAACCCAUCAUACCCAAGCUUUCUGCAGUGCCUGAGACAAGAGAACGCCUUAAGUUUAUUCUUGGCGCAUCAGAGGACAACUCUUCAGAUGAGGAGCCUCUGGUCACCAAACCUCCCACUGGAACAUCUCAACAAUCGAUCUCUACCACCACCUCUCCUCCCCAACCUCCUUUGACCUCAGAUGCGGCACAGACCACCCCCUCAGUCAUGAAGCCUAGCAUGUCUGGCCUUCAUCUGGUGAAGAAAGGACGAGAACACAGAAAAAUGGAUCUUCAGAGAGAUUUCACAGUGGCCUCUCCUGCUGAGUUUGUCACCCGUUUUGGUGGCAACCGUGUCAUUGAUAAAGUGUUAAUAGCUAACAAUGGCAUUGCAGCAGUCAAAUGUAUGCGUUCUAUCCGUCGCUGGUCCUAUGAGAUGUUUCGGAAUGAGCGGACCAUCCGUUUUGUGGUCAUGGUUACCCCUGAAGACUUGAAAGCCAAUGCAGAGUACAUCAAAAUGGCAGACCAUUAUGUGCCUGUACCCGGUGGGUCCAACAAUAACAACUAUGCCAAUGUAGAGCUGAUUGUGGACAUUGCCAAACGAAUCCCAGUUCAGGCUGUGUGGGCUGGAUGGGGCCAUGCCUCGGAAAAUCCCAAACUGCCUGAGCUGUUGAACAAAGCGGGGAUAUCAUUUUUAGGGCCGUCCAGUAAGGCCAUGUGGGCUCUGGGAGAUAAGGUUGCCUCCUCCAUUGUGGCACAGAGUGCUGACAUUCCCACCCUGCCCUGGAGUGGAUCAGGUCUGAGGGUGGACUGGGGAAAGGAGGACCCGAAGCUUGGCAAUAUAGUCAGUGUUCCUCCAGAGGUCUAUGCACAUGGCUGUGUUCAUGAUGUAGAUGAUGGAUUGGUGGGGGCUGAGAGAAUUGGUUAUCCUGUUGUUAUCAAGGCCUCUGAGGGUGGUGGAGGAAAGGGUAUCCGGAAGGUGGAAAGUGCUGAGGACUUUCCCAACUGCUUCAGACAGGUCCAGGCAGAGGUGCCUGGUUCACCAAUUUUCGUGAUGCAGCUGGCCCAGCAUGCCAGGCACCUGGAGGUCCAGAUCCUGGCUGACCAGUACGGUAAUGCCAUCUCCCUGUUUGGACGAGACUGCUCCAUCCAAAGAAGGCACCAGAAAAUCAUAGAAGAGGCGCCUGCCACCAUAGCAGCUCCUUCAACAUUUGAACAGAUGGAAAAGGAUGCUGUACGACUGGCUAAGAUGGUGGGCUAUGUGAGUGCAGGUACCGUAGAGUACCUUUUCUCUGAGGCUGGAAGCUUCCAUUUUCUAGAAUUGAACCCCCGCCUGCAGGUGGAACAUCCCUGUACAGAGAUGAUCGCAGAUGUUAACCUGCCUGCUGCUCAGCUGCAGAUUGCGAUGGGGAUCCCUCUCCAUAGAAUUAAGGACAUCCGCUUGCUUUAUGGAGAAUCUCCAUGGGGUGACACCACCAUCAACUUUGAGGGCCCAGACUGCACACCUUGUCCAAGAGGGCAUGUCAUAGCUGCUCGAAUUAUCAGCGAGAACCCAGAUGAGGGGUUCAAGCCUAGUUCAGGCACUGUACAGGAGCUAAACUUUCGCAGUAGUAAAAAUGUUUGGGGUUACUUCAGCGUUGGAGCCACUGGUGGUCUGCAUGAGUUUGCAGAUUCCCAGUUCGGACACUGUUUUUCCUGGGGAGAGAAUAGAGAGGAAGCUAUUUCGAACAUGGUGGUUGCCAUGAAGGAGCUGUCCAUCAGAGGAGACUUCCGGACCACAGUGGAGUACCUCAUUAAGUUGCUAGAGACUGAGAGCUUCAGAAACAAUGAUAUUGACACUGGCUGGUUGGAUCAUCUCAUUGCAGAGAAAGUGCAGGCUGAGAGACCAGAUACCAUGCUUGGCAUUGUCUGUGGAGCUUUACAUGUUGCUGAUGCCAACUUCAGAAAGAGCAUGUCGGACUUUUUACAUUCACUGGAAAGAGGCCAGGUACUCCCUGCUGCUAGUCUGCUCAACUCUGUCAAUGUGGACCUAAUAUAUGAAGGAGUCAAAUACUGCCUGAAGGUGGCUCGCCAGUCCCCAACAACCUAUGUUAUCAUCAUGAACGGCUCAGACAUUGAAAUAGACGUCCACAGGCUGAAUGACGGUGGCCUUCUGCUCUCCUACAAUGGCAGCAGUCACACCACCUACAUGAAGGAGGAAGUGGACAGCUAUCGUAUCACUGUUGGCAACAAGACGUGUGUGUUUGAGAAGGAGAAGGAUCCCACGGUGCUGAGGUCACCCUCUGCUGGUAAACUAAUACAGUACAUGGUAGAAGAUGGAGCCCACAUUUCUUCAGGAGACUCCUAUGCAGAGAUCGAAGUGAUGAAAAUGGUGAUGGCUCUUACAGUGCAGGAAUCAGGCUGUAUCCACUUUGUAAAGAGACCUGGUGUGGUUCUGGAGCCUGGCUGUAUUGUGGCCCACAUGGACCUGGAUGAUCUCAGUAGCAUCCACCCAGUGGAGCUUAACCAGGUCUCUCUGCCACCUCAGCAGCCUCUGCCCACUGUGGGAGAAAAGCUUCACCAGGUCUUCCACAGUGUGCUGGGGAACUUGGUUAAUGUCAUGAAUGGAUACUGCCUAGCAGAGCCCUACUUCAGCAACAAGGUGAAACAGUGGGUGGGUACCCUAAUGAAGACACUAAGGGACCCUUCCCUGCCUCUGUUAGAGCUCCAAGAUAUCAUGACCAGUGUGGCAGGACGCAUUCCUCCUGGUGUGGAGAAGGCCAUCCGUAAAAUCAUGGCUCAGUAUGCAAGCAACAUCACUUCUGUCCUCUGCCAGUUCCCCAGCCAAAGGAUUGCCAAUAUUCUGGACAGCCAUGCAGCCACCCUACAGAGGAAGGCUGAUCGAGAGGUGUUCUUCAUGAACACCCAGAGUAUUGUUCAGUUGGUCCAGAGGUACCGCAGUGGAAUACGAGGUUACAUGAAGUCUGUGGUUCUAGAUCUGUUGAAGCGCUACUUGCAAGUAGAGAUGCAGUUUCAGCAAGCCCACUAUGACAAGUGUGUCAUCAACCUACGUGAGCAGCACAAGCCAGAUAUGACUCCUGUGCUCGAGUAUAUUUUCUCUCACGCCCAGGUUUCCAAGAAGAACAUCCUAGUCACAAUGCUUAUCGAUCAACUUUGUGGAAGGGAUCCUACCCUAGCGGAUGAACUGAUGGCCAUUCUGAAUGAGUUCACACAGCUUAGCAAGAUGGAAAACUCCAAGGUCGUGUUGCGAGCCAGACAAGUCUUGAUAGCCUCCCAUUUACCAUCCUAUGAACUAAGGCACAACCAGGUUGAGUCCAUCUUCCUGUCGGCUAUUGACAUGUAUGGGCACCAGUUUUGCCCAGAGAACCUGAAGAAACUCAUCCUGUCUGAGACCUCCAUUUUUGAUGUUUUGCCCAAUUUCUUCUACCACUCCAACCAGGUUGUGUGCAUGGCUGCCUUGGAGGUAUAUGUGCGCAGAGGCUACAUUGCUUAUGAGCUAAAUAGCCUUCAGCAUCAUCAGUUACAGGAUGGGACCUGUGCUGUCGACUUCCAAUUUAUGCUACCUUCUUCCCAUCCUAACAGAGUUGCAGUCCCAGUGAGUAGCUCUGGCCAGUUUGAAAUGAGGCGUCAGGGCAGUGAGCUCUUCCUGGAAGGGGCCCUUUCUCCACCUUGCCAACGCAUGGGUGCCAUGGUGGCCUUCCAGUGUUUUGAGGACUUCAAAAUGAAUUUUGAUGAGGUCAUUUCCAGCUUUGCAGACCCUCUCAUGGAGAGUCCACUUUUCUCAGAGGCCUGCUCUGGUCUCUACGAGGAGGAUAACUGGAAGAAUAGGAGAGAGAACCCAAUCCACAUAAUCAAUGUGUCAUUAAAAUCGGCAGACACAGAGGAUGACGACGCCCUGGUCACAGCAUUUACUGCCUAUGGCCAAUCCAAGAACGCACUUCUCAUUGAGUAUGGUAUCAGAAGAAUCACAUUUUUGAUUGUACAGAAGAGAGAAUUUCCCAAGUUCUUUACUUUCAGGGCCAGGGACGGGUUCCAGGAGGAUCGAAUCUACCGCAACCUGGAGCCAGCUUUGGCGUUUCAGCUGGAGCUGAACCGCAUGAGGAACUUUGACCUGACAGCCGUUCCCUGCGCCAAUCACAAGAUGCACCUGUACCUGGGCGCUGCUCGUGUUCAGGAGGGAGCUGAAGUCACAGACUACCGCUUCUUCAUCCGAGCAAUUAUCCGCCACUCAGACCUCAUCACAAAGGAAGCUUCGUUUGAGUAUCUGCAAAAUGAGGGAGAACGUCUCCUGCUGGAGGCCAUGGAUGAAUUGGAGGUGGCUUUUAGUAACACUACUGUCCGCACAGACUGCAACCACAUCUUCCUCAAUUUCGUCCCCACUGUUAUAAUGGACCCUUCCAAAAUAGAGGAAUCAGUACGUUCCAUGGUAAUGCGUUACGGCAGCCGACUGUGGAAGCUACGGGUGCUUCAGGCAGAGCUUAAGAUCAACAUCCGCUUGACACCCACUGGCAAUGCUAUACCCAUCCGCCUCUUCCUCACCAAUGAGUCUGGAUAUUAUUUGGACAUCAGCCUGUACAAGGAAGUCACUGACCCAAGUUCUGGACAGAUCAUGUUCCAGUCAUAUGGAGACAAGCAGGGACUCUUGCAUGGCAUGCUGAUCAACACCCCCUAUGUGACCAAAGACCUCCUGCAGUCCAAGCGCUUCCAAGCUCAGACUUUGGGCACCACCUAUGUCUAUGACUUCCCUGAGAUGUUCAGACAGGCAUUAUUCAAGUUAUGGGGAUCGCAAGACAAAUAUCCCAAAGAUGUGUUGAUGUGCACUGAGCUGGUUUUGGAUCCACAAGGCCGACUGGUCCAGAUGAAUCGCCUCCCAGGAGACAAUGAUGUGGGAAUGGUCGCCUUUUGGAUGAAGAUGAAGACUCCAGAGUACCCAAAUGGUCGAGAAAUUAUCGUCAUCUGCAAUGACAUCACCCACAUGAUUGGCUCAUUUGGGCCUCAGGAGGACGAAUUAUUUCUACGGGCAUCUGAGCUGGCUCGGGCUGAGGGGAUACCCCGCAUCUACAUUGCAGCCAACAGCGGAGCACGCAUCGGCCUGGCUGAAGAGAUCAGGCACAUGUUCCAGGUGGCCUGGAUUGACCCUGGUGACCCCUACAAGGGUUUUAAGUACUUGUACCUGACACCACAGGAAUACACACGUAUCAGCUCCACCAACGCUGUGCACUGUCGCCAUGUGGAGGAGGGCGGAGAGUCCAGAUAUGUUAUCACUGACAUAAUUGGGAAGGAUGAUGGUCUUGGUGUGGAGAACUUGCGAGGUUCUGGCACCAUUGCUGGAGAGUCCUCCCAAGCCUAUAAGGAGGUUAUUACCAUAAGCAUGGUGACAUGCCGUGCCAUUGGGAUUGGAGCUUAUUUGGUCCGUCUGGGACAGAGGGUUAUCCAGGUGGAAAACUCCCACAUCAUCCUGACUGGCUCAGGAGCUCUUAACAAGGUUCUGGGGAGGGAGGUUUACACAUCCAGCAACCAGCUGGGAGGUGUGCAGAUCAUGCACAAUAAUGGAGUCACGCAUACUACUGUGCCAGAUGACUUUGAAGGUGUCUUCACCAUUCUCCAGUGGCUUUCCUAUAUGCCAAAGAAUAAGCAUUCUCCCGUGCCCAUCAUAACAAAUAAGGAUCCAGUGGACAGAGAAAUAGAAUUCACCCCAACAAAAGCUCCAUAUGACCCUCGCUGGAUGCUUGCUGGGAGGCCCCAUCCUACUGUGAAAGGGGCAUGGCAGAGUGGAUUCUUUGACCAUGGCUCAUUUAUGGAAGUAAUGGGGUCUUGGGCUCAGACCGUGGUGGUUGGCAGAGCCAGAUUAGGAGGGAUUCCCCUUGGUGUCAUCGCUGUGGAAACCCGGACUGUGGAGCUCACUGUUCCAGCAGAUCCAGCCAACCUGGACUCAGAAUCUAAACUCCUGCAGCAGGCUGGCCAGGUAUGGUUCCCAGACUCAGCCUUCAAAACGGCCCAGGCCAUUUGUGACUUCAACCAUGAACAUCUGCCUCUCAUGGUUUUCGCCAACUGGAGGGGCUUCUCUGGAGGAAUGAAGGAUAUGUAUGACCAAAUACUCAAGUUCGGGGCCUAUAUUGUGGAUGGCCUGCGUGAUUUCCAUCAGCCAGUGCUUGUGUACAUCCCACCCCAUGCUGAGCUGAGAGGGGGAUCCUGGGUGGUGAUUGAUCCCACUAUCAACCCCCUGUGCAUGGAACUCUAUGCAGACAGAGAGAGCAGAGGUGGAGUACUAGAGGCAGAGGGUACUGUGGAGAUCAAGUUUAAGAGAAAAGACCUGUUGAAGACCAUGAAAAGGCUAGAUUCAGUUUAUGGCGGCCUGGCUGUGCAGUUAGGUACCCCGGAGCUAUCUGACAAACAGCAAAGAGAGCUGGAGGUCAAACUUAAGGCUCGAGAGGAGUUCUUGUUCCCUAUUUACCACCAGGUGGCAGUGCAGUUUGUAGAUCUCCACGACACGCCUGGUAGGAUGCAGGAGAAAGGUGUCAUCACUGACAUUUUGGACUGGAAGAAUGUGCGAAGCUUCUUCUAUUGGCGUCUGCGGCGCCUGCUGUUGGAGCAGGUGGUGAAGUGUGAGAUUCUGCAAGCCAACAAGGACCUCAGCGAUGGACACAUGCAAUCAAUGCUUAGGCGCUGGUUUGUGGAAACAGAGGGAACUGUGCAGGCCUACCUUUGGGACAACAACCAAGCCGUUGUUGAGUGGCUUGAAGUGCAUUUGUCUAAGGAGGAUGGCACACGAUCAGCCAUCCAUGAGAACAUCAAGUACCUGAAAAGGGACUACACUUUAAAACAAAUUCGCAGCUUGGUUCAGGCUAACCCUGAGGUAGCCAUGGACUGCAUCAUCCACAUGAGCCAGAACAUCACUCCAUCCCAGAGGGCCAAGAUCACCCAUCUGCUUGCUACUAUGGACAGCACCAGUUGAGCUUAGGGGCUGAAAGGAUAUGUGGGGUAUUUUUUUGUAGUUGCUUCUGUGUGACCUGUGGGUAAAUCUGUGCCAACCAAACGAUUGGGAUCAGGUGGAAAACCUAAAAAUUGAAGAGCUUAUCUAGUUCUCAGGUUUGUUGUAAGGGCGAAGUUAUGUAACAUGCUCAAAAACAAUGCAGGUUUACCGCUUCGCACUCCACUACAUUUAGUGCUUUGUCUCUUGUGCACUUUGCUUCACUGAGGAGUCUCUCUUUCCAUGGGCACGUUGUUGCAUGUGAAUCAUGGCAUACCUAGAGUCGUAAAAUUAUUUAUGUGAAUUUGCUGUGUAAGUGUAACUGGUGCAAUGACCUGCUUAUCUGGUCCACAUUUUUUUUUAUCUUCCUGCAUUUUUCUUGAUAUAUCAAUAAGAUACUAAAUGUGCCUCAUCAGUACUUCUAUCCAGCCCAUUAUUGCUGGAAUUACACAGUAUGGUGGUAACAAGGUGCUCAUUAAAAUGUUUAGUUAUACAUUUGAGUUUUGAGACAGUUUUUGAAUGUAGCCCACAUGGAUUUCUACCACUAGAGAAAGCAAAAUGCACAACUUUGUAAUAGCUUUCAUCUAGUUUUAGCUGAGUGAUGUAUUGUGUUAUUGUACUUGUGUGAAAGCACCGAUAGAUCAUGAAAUAUUCCUUAAUGACGAGCCAAAGUGGUUCAUUUCUGACAUUUAUUCAUUUUGAGGUCAGUAUCAGUGUUGCAAUGAAUUUUCUGUUUUCAUUUCAGCAUUCGAGAGAAAAAUAUUUCUAUUGGGUUUUUUUUUGUGGGUUUUUUUUUGUAUCAGUAUUUGGUUAUUUAGGAGCAGUUGAAGAGCCAGGUAAAGCUUGUUCUACUGACAGUAUUUGCCAAGACGGCUGUCUUUUUUGGUUCCAUUUUAAGACCGACAAUGGAUUUAGUUGUCCAUCUUUUUUCCACUGUAAUUUAAUUUCAGAUCGUGUCUUUAAAUGGUAAAAUCUUUUAAGUCUCUGUUAAAUCAGAUGUCCUAAAUGCUGGGAGAUACUUUCAUAUCAUGCGUUGGAACAUUUCUACUAUUGUUUUUGGUGGUAUUCCUAAGCUAAUAGCCAUUAUUAAAACUCAGGUUUUGAUAAAGGUAGACACUGAUCAAGGCUAUUUGCUGAAGUCAAGAACAAAAUUCUCCAAGAAUGUCUUGCCUGACCUUUGAUUGUUUCCCAGGGAUAAGCUGUGCUCACAUUCUGUCUGAAUGCUUCCGAUCUCUCCUAUGGACUGUACAUUAACCCUACUAAUGGCCAUUUGUUAAUAAAUGUGAUUCAAUUAUUUUUUG